AUGAAGUCUAUCUUUGCUGCUAUUGUUGCCCUUGGUGUUUCUGUUGUUUCUGCUCAAUAUAAUAUUGUCAGUAUAACUUCUCCUCUUAAGGGCGCUGUUUAUGUUGCUGGUAAACCCGCUACUAUCAGUUGGAUUAACCCACAAGUCUCUGUUAUUCCUAAGAUUGUUUUAGCUAAAGGUCUUCCUAGUGACCUUCAGUAUGUUGCUACCAUUGCCCAAGAUGUUGAUGCUAAUGCUGGCUCUUAUGUUUGGAAUGUUCCUACUGAUUUGCCAGCUGCUGAUGACUAUGCUCUUGAAUUAGGUAAUAAUCCUAAUGUUUCUUACUCUGGUCUCUUUACUAUCAAGCAUGAAGAAGGUGUUGUUUCUACCGAAACUACUACUACUACAGAAGCUACUACUCUUACUACAGUAACUGCUACUCCUACUACAGAAGCUACUACAGAAGCUACUACAGAAACUACUACAGCAGCUACUACUGAAACUACAGCUACUACAGAAGCUACCACUGAAACUACAACUACUACA